GUUGUUGGAUCAAUCAACGGUGCUUAGCACCAUCCGUCACCGAAAGUCACCGCGAAAGAUGGAGACAUCGCGUCGCAUGCGCCCGCUCGUGGGAUCCAUUACGACGUAGACGUCUCGAAUAAGUCGUUCGAUCUCCGUUCGGGCAAAACCUCGAGGAUGGCCGAUAUUAAGCAGGAUCACAAGAACGAGGAUGUGGACAGCUACGGGAUGAGUAAUAGUGCCGAUCCAAAGAACAUGCAAGAGUUGACGCAAUACGUGCAAACGCUGCUGCAGAAUAUGCAAGACAAAUUUCAGACGAUGUCCGAUCAGAUCAUCGGAAGAAUAGACGAGAUGGGAAACAGAAUAGACGAUCUGGAAAAGAAUAUUGCAGACCUAAUGACACAAGCAGGAGUUGAAGGUGGUGAUAAAUAAGUUCAUUCCUUCAAGUGCACUAAUCUAUAAGUAAUCAUUCAUCCAAAGCACCUGAGAUAGCCAUAAUUUUGUGUAAAAAACCAUGUAUGCAAGACAAUGUGAGAUAUCCAUCCUUUUGUUAUAAUACAAAAAUAAACUUACACUUUUUUAUAAAUUUUA